AUGGCUGCACCGUCGUCUAGAACGGCCGAAUCGGGUAGUGGCAGCAGCGUCGCCAGCUCAACUGCGCCAGCUCCCACAGCGAAUGCGCCGGCAACAACAUCGCCACAACACCCCCAUCACCAUCACCACCAUCAUCACCAUCAUCACCAUCACGCUCACCACAUCACCGACCCAGCACGACGCAAAAAGAAGCAUCUACCUGCCCAGCUAGCCCAACUCCAGCUCGAAAACGAAGACGACGAAGCUAACAAUUUUAUCUCUUCUUCUCGUGACGCUUCCGAAGAGGAUAACGAUGAUCAGGAAGAGACCUUCGACGACGAUGCAUCGAUUGCUUCGCUUCGUCAUCACCAUCAGGGACCCAGUUCGGCAACUGUACCCAUAUCUUCGUCGCUCUCAUCCAUCCCGCCCAACGAUAGAGAUCAGGCCCUGAUCGACUCGGCAGCUCUGCAUCAGCCUUCCAAGCUGCAAUAUCAACUUAAGCCCACUGCUUUGGUUGACGACAAGACACCCGCUAGCUCUAGCCCGCCACGUGUUGCUGCAGCGCAAACGGUCGCACCUUUAGCGAGCGCAAGACCUGGUCAGCCUGCGGUUCAGCAUGGUUUUGUCUCUCCCUCCUCGGUGCAACAGCAAUCCUCCACAACGGCGGAGCGCAGGAGGGAGGUCUCUUCGGACGAUGAUGAGAGGUACACCAGGCCUUCAGUUGGCACGACGCUUGCAAACGCCAGUGCCGCACUUUCCCGGAGCUCUUCUGCCGAGCUUUUGCCCAAAGUUGUCGCUGCGCAGAGACAUGUAGGCACAGCCGAUAGUGCCGCAGGUCUCAACCUUGGCACUCUCCCGGCUCCUGCUGUUGGUGGUGCCACCGCGACCUCACAGCCUUUGACCACCGUUAAGCCGCAAAAAAAGGCCACUGAUCCGUUCUCGGCUGCCGCUUCCUCUGGCAUCGUGGAUGCUCUUCCGGCUGCUGCUAUGGCUGCUACCCCCAAUGCACGACAGGCUAGCGAUGGCACAGCUGCCCCCACUCUGGAUCCUUCGGUGCUUGGUCAGUCGGCUGUUGCUUCCAAGCGCAAGGCUUCAGGCUCUCAUCACGCUUCGCACGCCGCGGCCCGCCGAGCCGAGCUCAAAGACGGAGCCGAUGACGAAGCGAGCAAUAACACUGACGGAGGCACCCCUUACGAUGGCGAUGUCGAAUAUGCUGCCCGUACGCCCGUCUCGAGCCAGGUUGCAAUCGGUACACCCACUCCAGCAUCCUCUCAGCGCGAGGGAGCAAACAAACCGACGACUGUACCGAACAUCUCUGCCACCAAGAGCACCGCACCAGGCCCUGUCCGUUCGCGCAGCUACAUCCAGACGAUGAACAGCCGCCACGCAGAUUGCCAUCCGGAGGGCGACGAUCUUGAAGAAGGGGGCUUCCAACCCUCCUCGAUCCCCUCUGCUGAAGAGAUCCAAGCCUGGGUACACCAAGCCAUCUUCAACCCGGAUCCUCAGCGCGACUAUUCGAUCAAUCCGCCUCCCAAGCGAUACGAUAGCGAAGGUCGAGAGCGGCCCAUCCGUAUCUACGCAGAUGGCGUCUACGACCUCUUCCACUAUGCGCAUGCUCUGCAACUGCGUCAAGCCAAACUGUCGUUCCCUUCUGUUCAUCUCAUCGUUGGAGUAGUCAGCAGCUUUUCGUGCGGAAAGCAUAAGAACAAGCCCGUGUUGACGAGCCAGGAGCGCUACGAAUGUGUGCGCAACUGCAGGUGGGUAGACGAGGUGCUAGAGGACGCGCCAUGGGUCGUCGAUCAGAAUCUGAUCGAUACGCUCGAGAUUGACUAUAUUGCACACGACGAUUUACCGUACUCGGGGAUUGGUAUGGAAGACAUUUAUGCCUUUGUCAAGAGGCAGGGUAGGUUCCUGCCUACAAGGCGGACGGACGGUGUGUCAACCUCGGAGCUGCUGGGAAGGAUCGUGGAUGUGUACAGGGAAGGUAGCCUAGACGGAAAGCUCGUCAAGAUCGGGCUGGAGGAUCUGACUUCGACACAUGCGAUGCACCCUCACCACCAAGCCGAUUGA